GCUUGAUGGCCGACUGAGCGCGCGGAUCACUCACGCCCGGGGCGUGAGCCGUGCUAUAGAGAGAUCCCCCUUUAUUCCUCGUGUUUGAGGUGAAGUUAAAUGUGAAAAAGAGAGGGGGACCGAGAGAGAAAGAGUGAGAGAGGGAGUGAGGCGAGGGAGGGAGAGAGAACGAGAGAGAGAGAGAGGAAGACGAAGAGAGAGAUGGACGUUGUUGUACUGGAGGAGAAGGCACCCAGGUACAAAACUGUGUGAGGGGGUACCUGGGUACUACGGUGAAACUGAGUCGUUCAGUUACGGCUGAACCGUUGCCUUGACAACACAUACGCGCGCAUCACUCGAAUUCGAGACGAUAGGCAUGCACUGAUCAUCAAAAUUGAUUUGUGAAAAAAAUAAAAAAUAAAGUGUAAACAAGGAACUCUUGACAGCAUCAAGUGAUGAGUGAUUAUUAAAAAUUGUCUGGAACAACUGCGAACAUAUGGGUAAACGCAUUACGAAUAAAUUAGUGAUCAGACGUGAUCGAUGAAAUAAACUUGAUCAAUGGAAUAUUUCAUGUGCCACGAAACGAGGAAGAUUUGAACAUUUGUGCCAAGUGUUUUGUUUGUUAUUUGACGUGUACCAGUCGGUGGAUUUAAUCACAAAAUUAAACAGUGCUCCGUUAACUAUCGAGAGGAGUUCAGCUGGUAGAUGACAUCCUUGUGACACUCAGCAAUGAGGAUUCCUGAAGAACAAUGUUUUUCGUGUCAAUGUGGUAUCACUCUGGAUAACGAGUCCCAUUGGCGUUGAUAACUAGUGCAAUUUAUCGUUUUUUUUUUGCUUUUUUGGCGGGAAGAAUACAGUAGAAAUUUUAUCCUGCUGAAGAUUGAAUGGUUCCACUUGAGACGACGUACGUCACGUCAAUCUGGGAUUCACCAGAUCCAGAACAGCGAGGAUUUUACGACUCGCCGCCCCCCCGGAUGGACGUCAGCGUGUGCUGCUUGCAGCCCACCGCCGGCUCGGGGGUCCAGCACCCUCCCACUCAUCAUCAUCAUCAUCAUCAUCAUCAUCACAAUAGUCAUCACAAUCAUCAUUCGGUUGGCAUAGCAUUACCCGUACAACAGAGUGUACAGAAUACGUAUCAGUAUGCCGAUCAAAUAGUACCUGAUCGGGGACAACCCGACGGUCUUGGACUGGUUAAUCCUGGUCAAGAUGCCUGGCAGUCAAAUUCUACCGGUGGUAAUGCUGGUAUCACCGCAAACACCACUGCUUACAUCGAUUAUUCAUGGCUGCAGAUGCAGCAGACAUCGGACUUGGACACACUCCUCUGUCGUCAGGAUCUCGAACAACUUCAAAAACUCGAUGACGAUGACACCGACAAGUCCUCACGCGAACCAUUACCAAUGGAUGACUUCUUCGAGACUAGUGGGCCAAAUCCAUGUCGACCUCAGGCAAGUUUUGUGUCAACGAGAAGUCAACCAGCGGGUACAGACGAUGAUGUCUUUCUCAGGCCACCACUAUGGGAGGAUAUUACAUCGAGCAUUCAAAAACUUGAUCCAGAGAAUGCUGAUAUGCUUGGCUCACAGUCAACGCCUCAACACGUUACCCAUGUUAAAAUGGAGACAGACGACAUAGCAUCACCUGUUCUAUCACCAGUGGAGAUAAAGAGUGAACCACUACAGUCACAACCCACUCUGCAUCUACUUGAAGGACGUCAGAGUAACAUCAACAAUUAUACGAACUCCAAUAGUGACCAUCGAUCGAGUCUCAAGACAUUUAAUAAUAAUAAUAAUAAUAAUAAUAGUAACAAUAGUAAUAAUAAUAAUAACAAUAAUAGUACUAAUAAUAAUAACAAUAAUAACAAUAAUAAUAAUAAUAAUAACGAGACGAAUCAUCAUGGUCACCAGAGUGGUAGUGGUACCUCGCCCCUUUAUGGAUCAAUGACUAGGCUCAUGUAUGUUUCACCUUUAACGCCCCCAAUAUCCGAUCCAGGAUCACCGCUCGCUGGACCACCCAGACGAACACCACCACCUCCCUAUCCCCAGCCAUCCAUGAUCAAUCAGAACCACAGGAUUCAGACGGCUUCAAUUACCAAAUUUAAUCGUAGGAAUAAUCCAGAGUUGGAAAAGAGGCGGGUUCAUCAUUGUGACUUUAUUGGAUGUACGAAAGUUUAUACAAAAAGUUCCCACCUUAAGGCACAUCAGCGAAUACACACAGGUGAAAAACCCUAUCAGUGCCAAUGGCCGGAAUGCGAAUGGCGAUUCGCCCGUAGCGACGAAUUAACCCGACAUUAUCGUAAACACACCGGUGCUAAACCCUUCAAAUGUGCAGUAUGUGAGCGUUCAUUUGCGAGAAGUGAUCAUCUGGCGUUACACAUGAAACGUCACUUACCAAAACAACACGCCAAGUGACAGGAGGAUGCCUCGAAAAUGGAUGAGAUCCUCACCCCCGGAGAAUUCCCCUCAGCCUUCUAAUCCGAUUGCACUGGAGAGAGGAAGGAAAAAGAAAGUGCACUUUGGGACAAUGACAAGUCCGACAAAAAAAAAAGCCACUUGAAUUGAGGGCACUUUGAUUCAGUUUUUUAUUUGGUCCUCCGGGGCCUACUGUACUUGAAACGGUGGCUGGUCCACGAAGAAGAUAAACGGGAAACCUCCAUUCGAGCGUGUACUUAAAUCGUGAUGAGCCUCAGGGUGACUCUCAUUAACUGCUAUUCUCCCCUGUUUGUUCAAGACCGCCUGCCAUCCACCGCGACUACUAGAUUUUAAGGGAAUUUAUAUUAAUUAUCCAAAGACUACAUUGCCGAAUGUCGUGGGACGCGUUACGAGUACUCAAAGACAUCAUUCGAUGAUAUUCAUUAACUGUCUGAUUCGUCAAGUCAUUGUUCAGCAGGAACGGUGGAUUUUUAUUUGGUAAGAUAGAUUUUGGAAUGUGGAUGUUGGAACCAAAUUUAAAAUUUUCUAAAAGUUCUUAUUUUUUUUCAAUGAUUAUUAUUGUUGGAGAAGGAAAUUAACAAAAUGAUCAGCAUCGAUGUGCCAGUAAAUAGUUGAUAUCUCUUUGCGGAUUCUCAGUAAAUGAGCACCUCCUCACCUACUUCACUUAUAAAUUUUUCAUACUUUUGACGAUAAGUCAAACGCAUGGCACAUCGUUGUUGAAUUUGAAUAUAUUUCAGUGAACACAAGUUGUUUGAAAAAUGGUUGUUCACUCAGUAAAAAAAAUUAUCCCCACGUUUGUAGAAUAAAUAUCAGAAAUUAAUGAACAUAAAUUUUUCGAGUACUCACAAAGAAGGUCACAAAUCAGAAUUGUUUGCACAUGUAUACUUCCUAGAUUACUAUUUAAAAUUAAAAGUGUAAUUAUUCCAGUUCCCGUCACUUAUCCAACUCUAAAGAAAUCCAGUGAAUAAUGAAUGUGGAUUUAUUGGCGUGGAAAUUAAUUAAUCCUUAAGUGUAAAUUUAAAUGUCCUAGUCGGAGCCGAUGUACAAAGAAGUACUUACAGCUAAUACUAGAUUUUAGCCAUUGUGAUUAGCAUAACUGGCUACAUAAAAAGAUUUAUGUUAACGAAAAAUUGGAUUUUUCAGUGACUUUGGGUCACACCAAGUGUAUUAUUACUAGUUAAAGUGAAUUGCACUGGCAACUAAUGACAGAAGUUGUUUAAACGUAGAUUUCAGGCGAAAUGGAUUUGAAUUUUCGUUUCAUGUAAUUUUAUGUCCCCGAAAUGUGUUUUGUUAGGUAGAAAAAAAAAUCCAACAUGAAUGAGAAUUUUACGUGUAAGGCACUUCUUGGCACUGAAUCGAAACAAAAAAUGAGUAAAAAGUUUCUCGGAAAUUAUGUGAAAUAGUUGAAGAAAUAAAGCGAAUUCAAUCACCAUAAA